AUGACCGAACAACACGUGCCUGCCUGGAAAAGACUCGGUCUGAGUCUGACAAACGCAAAAGACACGGCUCCGCUGCCCGCUUCCCCUGCUACCUCGAGCAAACGCUCCAGAGACGAUGCCGAUACUCCCAAGGGCUUCAAGAAGCAGAGACUCGAGAAUGGAGUCAAUCAAUCUAGUCCUGCGCCAAAGCAGCUGCAGCCCUCGUCAGUAGCUUCGAUAUCCAGUCCAAUGCCCUCCAAAUUACGGGCGUCGCCUGAAAAGUCCAUCUUAGCCACACCGAACAGUAAGCAAGGCCGUCGCAAGUCUGUCGUCUUCUCCAACGACACCAAAACCCAAGACGGAGAUAGUGCGCAGACCUACUUCCAAGCCUGGGCCAACGACGAACUAGAUUACUACGCUGAGAAAGCUGCCGCUCACGACGCCGCCGAAGCAGCAAAGGCUGCCGAGAACAACAACAAGAAACUUGAAGAUACUGUGUCGCUUCACCCCCCGGAAGUUGCCCAGGAGUCUGAAGUGACGCCCCAGAAAGCGACCAAGGAAGAAAAGAAAAAGUCAAAGAAAGAGAAGAAAGCAGAGCGAGCAGCAGAGCACAUGACAAACAACAACAACACGGCGCAAACCAUCUCUGACCCAGCGGUCCCCAUUGUCAAGAAACAAAAAGUCCGCACGCCAAAGGACAACGCCGACAAACCUGUGCCCGACUACGUCCGCUAUCUGGAACAAUACCACACCGAUAGAUCCUCUUGGAAGUUCAACAAGUCCAAACAGAACGACGUGCUUAAGAACGUCUGGAACAUCUACCGCAUCCCUCCUUCUUGCAACGACGCCCUUGUGGAAUAUCUCGACGGAUUACAAGGAGUAGCCGCCCGCCAACGUCUACGUCAAGCAGCUCAAUCCGCAAACAUCGACAUCGUCUCCUUCAUCCGCACCGAGAUUCCAGAAGUCAAGGACGAACCCAUGGAGACCGCAGAGGCCAGAAAGACUGCCUACGACUCUGCUCUUGAGAGACAGAAGGAGAUUUUGCGCAAGAACGGUAUCGAUCCCGAGCCUGAGAAGACCAAAACCAUACAGGAACAGAAAGAUUACGAUGAGCGUGUGCAGUUGGUCUGGAAUACCAUGAGCAAGGGCGAGCCCCAGGCAGUCGCAAGAGUGGCACCCAUCGCCAAGGAGGAACCCAAGGUCAUCCUCUCCAUGCGCAAGAAGAGAAAGUCAAGGACCGAUGUCUCUAGCAGCGAGAGCAGUGACAGCGACAGCAGCGACAGUGAUAGCGAUAGUGACUCGGACAGCGGCAGCAGCAGCAGCAGCAGCAGCAGCAGCAGCGAAGACGAGAAACCCGCAGCAAAGAAGGCAAAGAUCGCAAAACUCGAGGCUCAGCUCGCAGACGCAAAGAUCGCAAAACUCAAGGCCAAACUUGCAAAGGUCAAGGCUACAAAGGCAAAGGCCAAAAAGUCCAAGAAGUCCAAGGCUAGUUCUGAUUCUUCGGAGAGCGAGUCGGACUCAUCAUCAAGCUCAGGCUCAGACUCGGAUUCCGGCUCCUCGUCAUCGUCCGAGGAGUCUUCGAGUGACUCGGACAGCGACUGA